ACUUCCCUAGCAUCUCUCCCUCUCGAUCUCGAUCUCGAUCUCGAUUAGCGCGCAAUGGCAGCCUAUUCCUUCUUUCUCCUCCUCCUUAUCGCCCCGGGAAUUCUGGCAGCCCCGACGUCAGCCCUCAACGUCACAGAGCUGCUCGAGAAUGCCGGUUGCAGUACCGUUGCAAGUCUGCUGCAGAGCACUGGUGUGCUCGAAACGUUUCUGUCGUCCGCUCACAAAGGACUGACCGUCUUCGCCCCGAACGACGAGGCGUUUAAGGCACCAGAAGUAGUUUGGCUUCUCGGGAAGCUCAGCAGUGCCGAAAAAGUGUCGCUGCUACUCUAUCACGCAGUGCCGAGCUACAAGCCGUACAGGAGCUUGAAGGUUAGCAAAGGCCCAAUCCCCACGCUGGCUAGCAACGGCACCAGAAAAUUUGAGCUGACGACGACCGCUACUGGCGACGAGGUCACCAUCCAAACCGGCGCCGUCGCGUCCAGAAUUACCAGCACGAUUCUCGAUGCCUCUCCGCUCGUGAUUUUCUCGGUCGACGCUGUGCUUGUUCCGAAGGAGUACUCUGGGCCAACUGGGCCGGCUCCCCAGUCUCCCAGUCCAGGGCCAGCCGGAGAUUCUCAGGCAGGUGGUUCUUCUGGCCGUGGAUCGGGAAUAAUGUUGGCUGCAGUACUCGCUGUCAUGGCUUCCGUUUUUGGUUGAUUCUGUUAUGAUACCGUGAAUCGCAAUUACUUGUUACAUGUUGUUAAAAGGCUAGUGUUCGAUCGCCUUACUUUCCGGUUUCGCUUAUUAAUUAUUUGUUUCAUCUUAUUUUGUGGAAAGAAUGUCUGCAUUUUAGCAGCAAUUUGGGUUUGUCUCGAGGAAUUAUUUAUUUCUAUAAAGUGAUAAGGUUGGU